GUACACCUCUCAUAGACGUCAGUGAACAGAGAGGGGCGUGGCAAAAGCGACUCGAAGUUUAAAAACAGGCGAACUUGUCUAAAAUCACCCACUUCUUCGAAGUAGAGGAUUGCAGAACCAUGCCUGGACAGAGCGGUAAGGUGCAGACGGUGCUGGGUCUGCUGGAGCCCGAUCAGCUGGGCCGCACCAUGACCCACGAACACCUUACGAUGACGUUCGAGUGCAGCCAUGUUCCCCCAGCACCUGGAGACGAGGGCCUUGCCGCAGCUCCUAUUGAGAUGAAGCAUCUUCACUGGUUGCAGCAGAAUCCAUACAGCCACCACGAGAACCUGCUGUUGAAUCAAGAGAUCGAGGCGGUGAAGGAAGAGCUGUUGUGUUACCGUAAAGCGGGAGGAGGAUCCAUAGUGGAGAACACCACCACAGGCAUCACCCGAAAUCUGCCCAUUCUGCGGCAGCUGGCCAAAGAGACGGGUGUGCAUAUCGUAGCUGGAGCGGGGUACUAUGUGGACGUGACCCACUCCGAUGAGACCAGAAAAAUGACCGUUGAGAAGCUGACUGAUAUCAUUGUCAAUGAGGUGGCCCACGGUGCAGAUGGUACAGAUAUCCGCUGUGGUGUGAUUGGAGAGAUUGGUACAAGCUGGCCAAUCACAGAGAGCGAGAAGAAGGUACUGCGAGCCACCGCUCAUGCUCAGACUCAGCUCGGCUGCCCGGUUAUCAUCCACCCAGGACGACACAAAGACGCUCCCGGGGAGGCCAUCCGCAUUCUGCAAGAAGCAGGUGGAGAUAUCUCCAAAACAGUCAUGUCUCAUCUUGACAGGAGCAUAUAUGAUCUACGAGAAUUGCUGGAGUUUGCAAAGAUGGGGAGCUACCUUGAAUAUGACCUUUUUGGCACCGAGGUGCUGAAUUACCAGUUCAACGCUGAUGUUGACAUGCCCAACGACAGCCAGAGAGUUCAGACCUUGGCUUUCCUGAUCAGAGAAGGUUAUGAAGACAGAAUCCUCGUAGCCCAUGAUAUCCACACCAAGCACCGACUGACCAAGUACGGCGGUCAUGGCUUCUCCCACAUCCUGAAGAAUAUUGUUCCCAAAAUGCUGUCCCGAGGCAUCACUCAGAACCAGGUGGACAAAAUACUGAUCGAGAACCCUAAACAAUGGCUGACAUUUAAAUAAACCUGCUGCCUUAAAAAUCGAUUUCAUUCUUUAAAGUUAACAUACCAAAAAUUGAUUUCUGAUUUUUAUUGUUAGGAACUGUUAUUAACUAAAUUAACUGAACUGUUAAUUUUUGGUGCUAAAAUCUUUACUUCGUUUAGCGUUAAUUCAAAUGCACUGUUAAAAAUAUUAAAAAGAGGGUAUAAUUUAAACGAGGGUGUAAAAGGGGGUUUUUGUAGCCAUUGUGAGUUCCCCAAAGAACCUUUCAGUGAACAGUUUUUAAAAGAACUAUUUUUUUAGCGUGAAGAAUAUUUUAAGAAUCUUUUUGUGCGGUGGAAUGGUUUCAUCGUGGAACCAUUAAUGCCGAGAAAAAACCUUUGAGACCCAUUGGUCACACGUGAAGUUUAACACUAACCAGAAUAUUCAAAUCAAAUAUUGACCAGUCUCCAAUGAUCAAAGUUCUCUUGCCACAAAAAAAGUGGGUAAAAUAAAAACAUGGCUCUGAGUCGUGGAAAGUAGGCGACUACGUUACUUACUAAUUAGCUCGUGCGCAUCCUAAUAAGCGGAUGCAGAUUUUCUUUUUCGAUAUUGUGUAGCUGCAAACAUCUCAACCAGUUUGAACAUACAGUCUGAGUUGAUCGAGUUUGACCAUAUGCCUGAAAGUAAGACUGCUUGCUGUACACAUUUGUUCUUUGGCAAGCCUGAUGUUUCACAGCACUUCUGAUCCUUUGAAGGCAUGCGUCUGGGCGGGAAAGAGAGAUGGGUUUCUCAGGAGCAGGUGGCCGCUCACAGUGACUUCUCUAGUAAAAUAACGACACUGUCAGGUGCUCUGUUAACCGCAAGGUUAUUACUUAAAAAAAAAAACUUACUUAUAAAAAGAUGGCUUGUUAAUUGAUCUUUCCCGUUUAUUUUUUCUGUGCUUCAACAUGAAAAACCGACUUCCUUUUUUAAUGUAUAGAUGUAGGACUAUUUUACACAGUCGUAUACCGUUUAGUGCUUUUAAAGAAAUAGCUGAAUAUUACAAAUGAUGACAUUACUAGGAUAUUUCGCAGUUGCUUUCGUUGAUUGCUGCACUGCACUAUACAGAGCUUUUAGUUUUAUGGCAAAUUUAUACACGCAUGCAAAUCAUACAAUAUAUUUUAUUCACAAUUUUUUGAUGACACUGCAUAUACCAGACGGCGAUCAUAUUUUUAAAUGAAGACAUUUAUGUAAAACGGUACAGAACUGCGGCUUGAAUGCGACAACGUGUGUGCGCAGACAGAGAAAUGACUCAUAAAAUGUAAUCUGAACUAUACAUCCGUGCUAAUGGCGGGUGCUCUGUAACAGCCUCUUCUGAUCAGCCAUGUGUCCAUGUAAGGUAGGCACAUAUGGAAUGAUGUUAAACGAUUUUCUGCUUUCACGUCCAAUUAAUCUCCCAAUAAACAUACUACAAUCA